GAUACCACCAUGCCUUCCGCUCAACGUCGCUCCACCCGGUCUCAACGGCCCACCAGGCACACACCCUACCCUGCCCAGCCGCUAAGGGAGCACAUCAUCCGCCAGCGACCAGGCAGCAACCGUCCACGCGGCAUCCUCAAGGAGAUCGAGUGGUGGAGGGUCCAGGUCGGCCAACUCCAGGAUCAGGACGACGACGCCAGCAACGGCGCCGACAACGAGAGCAACAGAGGUGCUGAGGUCGCUGAAGCCGUCAAUGUGAGCACGGUUGAGGAACCGGUCAUCGAGCGGGUGCUCCCCGUCUCUUCGCUAGGGGAUGCAUUCGGUGAUUAUCCCCUGCUGGACGAGACCAAGUCGUUCCUCGAUGCUCCCAGCUUCGUCGCAACGACCCCUCCCUCCUCUCCGCCUUCCUCUCCGCUCAUGUCGGCUUGCCCGCUCACACCAGCACAACGUGGUCACCAGCGUCGUCGUAGCGCUUUCGCCCGCGCAGCCUCGUAUGCCGGACUCGGCUCCUGGUCACCCAGCUCUACCUCGUCCGGAUCGCGCGCAUCGCCAGAUCCCGAGACGCAGCUACGUGAGCUGAUCGACCUGCCCUCCCGCUACUCCUGCCUAUUCACCAUUGUGGACUAAACGACCACCGACCACUCUUCUUCUCGUCAACGUCAAUUUCCUUACGAGCACCCUGAUCGGUCAAAACCAAUCCGAGCUGUCCUCCCAAACUCUCACCUUCCCACCACACUUGUACGGCCCCCAGCAUCCAGGUCUCAUCUGUCCCUGAUUCCUCAAAGGCACUAAAAUCGCCCACGAUUCCCACCCGGCCACCGCACACCCAAGUACAAAAAAGACGUGGCCGGCACGACCAACACACAUACAAUGUACCGAUCGAUCUCCCUUAAUGCGCGACUCCCAUCAGAGCGCUGCCCAUACCUUCCCUUCCCUCUUUGGCACGUUUGAAACCGCUUUGAACACACCCAACACACCCACCUUUUGACGAAACAUCCGCUUUCUUUCUUUCUCUUUGCUCCAGGAUCCGGUUUGCCAACAUCCACACUCGAACAUCAACAUUUGUACAGGCUCGGUCUGCUGCACCCCGCGUGCAGGCAGCCAUUGGGAGGGUCAAUCUGUGAUACCCUGCCCACCGAUGUGACGACACCCGCGACUUGGCACCUUCUGGAUCUUUCAUAACAACACAUCCUCUUUGCAACGUCUUCUUUUUCUCAGCUCUUUGCCUCCUCUCUUGUCACGACCUCUAAUGACCCUAAUGACCUUUCUGCUGUUUACAGAUCUUUCAGCAAUUUGCUUUCUUCGUUCUGGGUUUAACGGCAGCCGGUGCAGUGCGCUGUCCGCGAUUGUUGUGGUAGGUUUGAUGUUGAUCUUUGAAGGAAUUAAGUAUCAUAGUUGAGAAUCUUCGAAACCCGCAGCCGUCGGACUCUAGUUGAUGAUAGCGUUU